UGUUCAUUGGGAUUUGUUUGUUUUUAUUUUUGCUCGGAGAAGAGUUUUCUGUGGCUGCACUGUUUUUGGUCGGCGACGUUUCACGGGUCUAAUAAUGCACACGAAUGAAUGUCAGUAAUAACGGGUAGAUUUGCCGAUGAUGUGUAAGCGCCUGUGAGGCGAUACAAAGUGCUCCCACUGGAAGCUGUAUAGCCGAUUAGCCGCCGGUGUUGGCUACCAUUGACUGCUUGCUAGCUAGCUUGCUAACACGAUUAAUGCAAACUAUAAAGCAAGCUGAAGCGCACAGCUAGCUAACAGGCCAGCUGUCCACCUGGACCGGAGACGAGGAAGAGCGCUUGUUAGCUAGCGAGCUAACCAACCAACCCGGGAGUCCUCUGGUGUCCCAGCAAUACUCAUCCGACAGGGUUUCCGAGUCUUCCUGACGAUGGGAAACGCCGCUGCAGCCAAGAAAGGCAACGAAUUAGAAAGCGUGAAAGAAUUUUUAGCCAAAGCCAGAGAGGAUUUCUUGAGGAAAUGGGAGUGUCCAUCACAGAGCUCGACCUGCCUGGACGACUUUGAGAGACUGAAAACUCUGGGCACCGGUUCUUUCGGAAGAGUUAUGUUAGUGAAACAUAAAGGAACAGAGCAAUACUAUGCUAUGAAGAUUCUGGAUAAGCAAAAAGUGGUGAAGCUGAAACAAAUAGAACACACGUUAAACGAGAAGAGAAUAUUGCAGGCUGUCUCUUUUCCGUUCCUCGUCAGAUUGGAAUACUCGUUCAAGGACAACUCAAACUUGUAUAUGGUUAUGGAGUAUGUCCCUGGUGGAGAGAUGUUCUCUCACCUACGACGAAUUGGAAGAUUCAGUGAGCACCAUGCCAGGUUCUAUGCAGCACAGAUUGUGCUCACGUUCGAGUACCUCCACUCGCUAGACCUUAUCUAUAGAGACCUGAAGCCUGAGAAUCUUCUCAUUGAUCAGCACGGAUACAUUCAGGUCACAGAUUUUGGCUUUGCUAAAAAAGUAAAAGGCAGAACUUGGACAUUAUGUGGCACACCAGAAUACCUGGCUCCAGAGAUCAUCCUUAGCAAGGGCUACAAUAAAGCUGUGGAUUGGUGGGCUCUUGGUGUUCUGAUCUAUGAGAUGGCUGCAGGUUACCCACCUUUUUUCGCUGACCAGCCGAUCCAGAUAUACGAGAAAAUUGUAUCUGGAAAGGUACGAUUCCCUUCUCACUUCAGUUCCGAACUGAAGGAAUUGUUGAGAAAUCUUCUUCAGGUUGAUCUCACCAAACGCUUUGGCAAUCUAAAAAACGGCGUCAACGACAUUAAAAACCACAAGUGGUUUGCUACGACAGACUGGAUCGCUAUUUAUGAAAGAAAGGUUGAGGCUCCCAUUAUACCAAAGUGCAGAGGGCCAGGUGACACGAGCAACUUCGAUGACUAUGAAGAGGAGGAGAUCCGGAUUUCAGACACAGAGAAGUGUGCCAAGGAGUUUUUGGAGUUUUAGAAGGACAAGAGUUCUCAAAGGGCUCUUACAUGUUGGAAUUUUUUUUUCCUCCUUUACUUUGCACUCCUUCAAAGGUGAGAGUGAAGCUCCGACCAUCAUGUGUGUUUAGACUGUUUCACGUUUUUUCAUUCCAUGAGGUUGCGAGAGAUUAAUGAGUGCCAUGAUCUCUGCGUGCAGUUUGCACCAAGCUAUAGAUGAAGUUCGGCACGAAAUGCAGUUUCUUUUGGGCUGCAACACAAAGCACCAGACACACUCUUAGUUUAUUUGUUUCUCUCGCUCUCUCUCUUUUUUUUUUUUUUUGGUUAGGUUUCUAGCAUCAUUUUAAAAAAAUGUUUUUUUUCUUGUAAUUAUUUUUUUAACUGUAAUGAACGAAAAGAGGCCACUUUUACUUGUGUUUGAGGAAAUUAUUACUAUUAGUCUGUGAUAUUGCACUUUUUUAAGGAUUGGUGCUGCUUGUUCUUGCCAGCAACAUAUUACAUCAGUUACAUGCUAAUUUAGUUCUGAAGCUUUAUGCUGUUCGUGACAUAUUCACUUCCCGCCUACGUAGCGUGAAUGUGUGUGUGCUUGUGUAUCACUGUGUGUGGGUGGUGUGUAUGUGUGUGUGGUCAAAAAGCCUACUGAAAGAGUAUUCUUAAAGAUGAUGAUGAUGAUUAUUAUUAUUAAACACAAAUUCCCAAUUACAUCCAGAGCAGACUGUAGAAAAAUACAUAUUAAAAUAAUGCAUCCCUUCUGUGUGUUAAUUUCCCGAUGACCUAGCUAAGAUGCUCAUUACCUUUGUAAGACCGGUACAUGAGCCAGCUAGGCCUGUCCCGAUUAUAAAAUUCUGCAUGACAAUUAGCAUCCAAACACUUACAGUUUACUACUUUCUUUUAUCUUACUCAUAACAUAAAAGCAAAACAGUAGUAUAAUUAAGAGUAGUGUAUUUUUGCAUCCCUCAUGCUUUUAGGAUGAAAUCUAACUAUCUACAAAUAAAUUCCACAGAUUAAAUGUGCGUCUAUCCAUCAGUAAGACAACAGUCUAAAAUGUAAAAGGACAUUUUGCCACAAUCUAAAAGGAUUCAGUGGGUAACAUCUGUUCUAUAUAAAACAUUUAUAUCAGAAAAGAAAACUCUUACCAUGAAUGAUUAACCUUCUUUUUGUUACUAAAUUACAUCAUUUCCUUUGGUUUCUCAUGAGGGUAUACAAAGUUUUGCACUAGACUGUGCAUUUAUCAACAGUGAAAAACUUUUUCAAAACCAUAAAAAAAAAAAAAACACUGGGACACAAAUUCCAAAUCAUGAAAUAUGUAAAAAUCUUUUACUGAAAUUUGUAAGAAGGUACAAAAGCAAAAACUAGAAAUAACAAAUAAUGUACUGUUUUAUGCUAACUUUUAAUCUCUGCACAUUUUACCAAGAGUUAGUCUAUUUAUACUAAUUAUUACACCACAAAAUCGAGUCAAAUAUUUAAGCCUGCUUAAAGUCUUUGAUUGAAAAUAGUGAUAAUUGUGCAGCGAUUCGAGUAGAUAAAUAACAAGCCGAUAAACUUCCGACGCGCAGUAAAUCUCUAUGUGAAGGAACUGAAGUUAUUUUGUAUCACAGAACUGUUACAUUCUUGAAUCUGAUUUUUCAAAAGGUGUAGAUUUUUUUUUUCUAGAACAGCAGCUCUGACUGUCGAUUGUAAUUCAAGUCAUGUUUAUUAUAAUGCACUCGUUCUAAUUUAUUUCUCUAUCUGUUGUAGCUACUUAUUCACAGAAACUUGGAACUUGAAGGACGCAGCACACGAUCAGUAUGUGUUCUGUUGAUAAGCAGAGAAAUAAAAUGUGAAGUUCAAAUUAUUUAACAUAGAGAUAUAAUUGAUAUGGUGAAAGUUUCUGUAGGGAUAUGUUUCUCAUAUGAGUCUCAGGUGUCAGAGCUUUGUAACGGUCAGAGGUUUUCCUCCAAGACAGAGGUACAGGAUGAAGUACAGUAUCAUGACAAGCUGCUGAGAGAGAGAGAGAGAGAGAGAGAGAGAGAGAGAGGAGCUGGUGAUGGAACGACUGUAUAGUCCAGAAUGUUACAUGUUCACGUAAAAGUACAAUGUGUCACUCAUUAAUAAUUAAAUGCUGACAAAUCAUUAUAGUGCAAGAGGAAGAAAACUUUCUAGUAGAGGAAAAUGAACAACUUUGCUGUAACAGGAAGUCGCCGUUACUCGAUCGCAUGCCUGAGUGUUUUUUGUAACAAUCAUUUAUUUUAUGGGGGCAGUGGUGGCUCAGGUGGUAAAGGCUCUGGGUUGUUGAUCACAAGGUCAAGGGGUCAAACCCCAGCACUGCCAAGAUGCCACUGUUGGGCAAUUGAGCAAGGCCCUUAACCCUCCCUGCUCCAGAGGCGCUGUAUCGUAGCUGCCCCUGCGCUCUGACCCCAAACUCCAAAGUUGGGAUAUGUGAAGAAAAGUAUUCCACUGUGCAGUACUGUAUAUAUGGCGAUAAUAAGUGCCCAAUUUUAUGCCUCAUAAACUUCAGUAUAGGUUUAUUCCGGUCAGUGGAUCCGAAGCAGGAAUAAACCCUAGGUGAGACAGUAGGUCAUCACAGAACACAUUUCUUUCAAUCAGCUUGAAUAAUCUCAUGAUUAAGCCAUCAUAUUAACUGUGAAAGGCCUAACAGCUGCAUGGAAAAGACAGGCUUUUAAUCUGUGACUCCACUUCCUCAGUUCACACUGUUACUCUUCCAGAAUAUCCUCAAAUGUUUACUGUAUUUCGCCUCAUGUUUUUCUAGUCAGCUUACAUUCCACAGCUUUUUAUUUCGUUCACUCAAUCGCUAGCAUCUUAUUAUGGUCGUGGCAUUUACAUUCAGCACAGAAAAACACAUUCUUUUGCUGACUGAACUCUGUUUAUCAUUUCAUAUGUCUGUUUCUCUUUAUGAAGUUUAUUUAUCAAAAUGUUAAAGAUGACUUCUAAUACUUAUAAUACAUAUAAUGUUCUAUUCGUUGAACCCUUCUGAAUGACAUUUCUACAAAAAAUAAAUAAAAGAAAUUAAAAAAAACAUUCAAAAUUUUUCAGUUUUUAGUGGAAGCCAGUGUUUUACUUGAUUUGAAUGUUCAGCAUUCCCAAAAAGAAUAUCUUAAAAAAUGAAUUAGUAUUUCACUCGUCAGUGUGGGCUCUAGUAUGCAAUGUCUAUGUAUUUAGUUUGUAUGAUAAUUUGCACAAUGUCAUUUAGAAAGCGCGCCCUGUUCCCCCUGCAUUAUUAGCCUACAUGUAUUUUUAAGGGAUGUGUCCACUUUUUCGCUGUAGCAUAUUUUAUGUAUUAAAUGAUAUGUCACUGUAACAAAUAAAGGAAACUGCUUUGUA